AUGAUGGAAGGCAUUGCUAUCUUGACCCUCCAAAAUCGCGGCAAGGAUCCUACCAAGGGAGAAAGAUACAUCCUCACCCAGCCGAACAUGUACGCAAGAGGUAUUCUCUUUGGUAAAAUGAAAUAUGAGCUGGGAGAUCACAGUUAUGUGAGAUGUCCAGAGACCGGCCUUGUUGCCGACAUUGAGUUCAAAACCAAGGGCUGGGUCAGCGGCACGUAUAAUGCCAUUGGUGGAACGGUGAAAAAUGAGGAAACGGGCGAGGUGCUCUAUGAGCUUUCAGGACUGUGGAGCGAAGAGAUGUUUCUCAGAAACGUCAAGACUGGCCACAAGGAGAUGUUCUUCAACGCCACGAAGUCAAAGCAUAGUCCCCCUCUGAGCCGACCGCUUGAGGAACAAGAAGAACGAGAAUCUCAAAGGUUGUGGGCUAAGACUGCCCAAGCAGUCAAAGAACGUAACCAUGAGCUGGCAACCGACGAAAAGACGAAAAUCGAGGAGACCCAGCGCGAAGAGGCUGCUUUGAGAGCAAAUGAGGGUGUCGAAUGGCACCCCAGACUGUUUAGGAGAGUUAGAGGCGGUCCUGGCGGAUCCGAGGAAGGCGAGGAAGAUCUCGAGUGGAUUAUCAAUGCUCAAAUAGACGGAAAGACACCAGAGAAGCAGGCAGCUCAGAUCAUGGCCAUCUAUCCAAUCAUCCCAGGCCAAAAAUGUGAGAAAAGGAUCGUGAUACCACCAAGAGCAUCAUUUUCUGAGCCACGCCCUCAGACAGCCCACAGCAAUGACAGCAAUCUCAUCAAUCUCAACAAUGACGGACCAUCAGCCGAUGACAGCAGAGCACCGGCCCUGACCCCGACCCUACCAACCAAGAUUUCGGAAGAUUCUAUGUCCACGAAAGCAAGCACCUCCCUUGACCCCAACCAUCGCAGUACAGCAGAGAUUCAGACAAUGUUGGCUGCAACAGGCGACAAGGCUAAGGCCGGGCCGCUAAUUGACUUCCACGACGACAUGAAGAAGGCCUUGCCUGCGAAUCCCAAGCGAGCCGACACAGAAGACUCACAAGAUGACGUCUUUGUUGACGCCCAGGGUAAAACACUCGGCAUCAUCAUGGGCGUUUUUAAACUGUAG